CCCUCGUCGAGUGAGGUUGUCCGUAGCUUAAUUUUAAAAUCCGCGCGCGUUAAGCACAUUUAAAUAUUUUAUGACAAUUUUUUAAAUAAACAAUAACAUUGUCAAUCGUGUGUUUUAGUUAUUUGAAUUUUCUUCUUUUUUUUUUUGACAAAAAAUUUUAAGUACAUAGUUAGAUUAUUAUUAUAAUCUAAAGUUAUAUAAUUUUUUUUUAAAUUCUGUGUUGGUUUUUUUUUAAAUUGUCAAAUUUUUUGUUUGAUAAAACUUGUCGAUUAUUAUUGGAUAAAUGACAAAAUAACAAAAAAAAAAAAAAAAAAACAGAAUAAUGUUUGGACAGUGACAGUCAAUGGAAUAAAAUACAUAUACCAAAAAGUUGAUAAGCGUAUUGAUGAAAAUAUAUUUGUGUUGUGAAUCUAUGGUUCGUUUGAAAAUAAAAAAUUUUAAUUUUUUUUCGCACUGACGAAAGAUUGACACGCGCCACUGAGUGACACGUGAAGUUGUUCGAUCGAUCCACGGGCUACGUGACGCGCCCGUUUGGACACUCGUUAACUUAUCAAUUAUUUUAUUUAUUUAUAAUAAAGUUUUAAUUUUUUUAUAUUUAUUUUGAAUAUGAUUGAUAAUCCCCUUGUUCAAGUUGACACAUGAUUUAUAUAUUUUUAUCCACCAAAUAGUUAUGGAAAGAUACUCUUUAUUUAUAAUUUUAUUUUUUGUUAUAUCUUCAAAUAAAUUAUACAACGAAUUUACAAAAAAGUUAUAUUCAACGAGUGAUUUUAUUGUUGAAAAAGUGAAUUGCAGUUGUCAGGAUACAGUGCAUUGAAUUUUGAGGUUUGUCAAGGCUGUGUGACAUUAAUGACAAGUCAAUGCUCCGUUUGAAAUUUUAUGAAUAUAUUUAUAUAUACUUUUAUUUUUAAUUCAUUUGUACAUUAUUUACUGGUGACAGUUUCAACGAUUUUACUGGUUUGUUGGUUGAAAUAAUAAAUAAAAGAAAAAAAAAAACGAUUGUAUGAAAUAAAAUUUAAAAAAUGCUGGUGCCUGGUUUAUAGUGACGGGAGGAAAAUACAUAUAGUCCAGAAACAUCGAGGACUGACUCCAGUUUCCUGAUUAAAACCGGCUAUGGUGCGCGCAACCAUUCGAAACGAGUAAAACGACAAAAAAUAAAUAAAUCAAAAGUCAAAUAGAGAAAUAAAAAAAAAAAUAAAUAAUUAAAAAAAAAAAAAAUUUAUAAAUAAAUGUGUCGUUCUGUGUGUGCAGAAUAACGAUAAACGUCCUCGUGUUGCAUCGACCAGUGCUCAUCGAAAAAUAAAAGAAAUAAAAUAGUUUUUUUUUUUUUUUAUUUUUUCCAUAAAAAGAAGAUAUAAAAAAAAAUAAAUCCAACUUUUGUGACGUCAAUUUUGUCCGUCGGGUCACAACGUUAUCGAAUUUCGGAAACGCCCACGCGUAAAUCUCUUUUUUUUUUUUUUUUGAAAUCAAUGUCUCAUUGCUUUAAACUCGAAGAGGCGUUUGAUUGACAAAAAAAAAAUAAAUAUACUGUGUAGUGUAAAUGAGUGUUUUAGUGUGUGUUUGUUGUAUAAUAUAUAAGUUAAGUGUCGAUGUACUCGUGAAAUAGAUUUAUGCAAAUACCAAAAAAAUUCAUAAUGGAACAAUUUUGCAAAAACACCGGUUCAUCGAGGGACUCAAUCAAAAUGAUUCUUUACACAUUAUUUAUUCUCUGGAUAUCAACAACUGUCAAUGGCGAAGUGAGCCAGCAGUAUUUCCGAGUAAGGCCUGUAAAUAGUUCAGUUCAAGAGGGUGGUACAGUGACCAUACCAUGUGUCGUUGCAAAUAGAAUGGGCAUAGUUCAAUGGGUCAAGGACGGUUUUGCUUUUGUCGUCCAGACUGGUGGUGGAAUUGUUGGAUAUCCAAGACUACGACUUGAUGGUGAUCAAAAUUCAGGUGUUUAUAAUUUAAGCAUUAAAGAUGCAUCAUUAAUGGACGAUGGCGAGUAUCAGUGUCAAGUUGGACCCUAUGGAAAAUCAAAAGCAAUUCGUGCAAAUGCUCAUCUCAUUGUUAUCUCACCACCACAAAAAGUUGAGAUAAGUAGUCAUCCAAAUCAGGGUAAAAUUGAAUUAAAUGUUGGUGAAUCAAGAAGUUUAGAGUGUACAAUAAGUAUGGCUAAACCAGCAGCAACAAUUGUGUGGUAUCGUGGAAAUUUUCAAAUAAAAGGAGGUGAUAUGACUAUAACACCAGUCUCAAUUGACGACGAUAAAAAUUCACCGAAUCCAAGUGAAUUGAGAAGAAAAUUACAAAAAUAUGAUACUAAAAGUUCAAUAACAAUAAUACCAACAGUAGAUGAUGAUGGAACUGAUUAUGCAUGUGAAGCAAGACAUCCAGCAAUACCAAUUGAUCAACCAAUGAGAGCAACUGUAAAACUUUCAGUAUUUUACCCACCUGGUGCACCAUACAUUGAAGGUUAUACAGAAGGUGAAGAAAUAAGAAGAGGUCAAAAAGUUGAUCUAGUUUGUAAAUCACGAGGUGGUAAUCCACCAGCUCAAGUUGUUUGGUUUAGAAAUGAUGAGGUGAAAAGUAAUAUUUAUCGUACAUCAAAUAGUCUAUCUGAAAAUGUAUUAUCAUUUAUCGCACAAUCAGAAGAUGAUAAAGCAAGAUAUAAAUGUGAAGUAUCAAAUAUCAUGAGUGUGACACCAAUGAAAGUUCAUGUUGACUUAUCAGUAUUGUUCCGUCCAGAAACUGUAUCAAUUGUUGGUCCAUUUGAAGCUAAAGCUGAAGAAAAAGUAACUGUAACAUGUACAACUGAUAAUUCAAAUCCAGCAUCAGAUAUUAAAUGGAUUGUUGGUGGUAUUGAAUUUAAUAAUAGCAAUUCAAGAACUUAUUUAGCUCCUCAGGGUGGCUCAAUAACAACGUCAAAUAUAACAUUCAGUAUAAAUCGUGAUGCACGUAAUGUUGUUGUUAUUUGUCAAGCUAAAAAUGCUAAACUUGCUGAAUAUACUAUGAAAACACAUACCAUUGAUGUUAUAUAUCCCCCGGCGAGUCUAGCCAUUACGGGCUAUGAGGAAAAUACACACAUUGAUGCGGGCACAGUACUCAAGUUACUUUGUACAGCAACUGCUGGUAAUCCUCUUGCCAACGUGACCUGGUAUAAAAAUGAUAAAGAGAUAAUUGGAAUUGUCAGAACUCAAGAUCAUGUUGUUUCAAAUGAACUUGAAAUAUUGGUUAAUGCAUCAGACAAUGGUGCACAUAUGAGAUGUGAUGGUGUUAAUUCUGCAACAAGUAUUCCAUUGAGUCAAAAAGUUGUACUAAGAGUUAAUUUUCCACCAGCACAAGUUAAAAUAAGCCGUGAACCAAAAGAAUUUCGUUCUGGUAAAAUUGGUAAAAUAAUAUGUGAAUCAAGUAGUAGUAAUCCACCAGCUGAAAUGUCAUGGUGGAAAGGUGGUAUUGCUGUUGAAGGUACUAAAAAUUCAAGUAGACUUGGUCUUCAUGGUGGCUGGGUAUCAACUGUUGAACUUCAGCUACAAUUUACUGAAGAAAUGAAUGAUGAAGUUUAUACUUGUGAAGCAAGAAAUUCAAAAAUGCAACGUUCAACUCAUGAUGCAACGAGUCUCAAUAUUUUAUAUAAACCAGUAUUCACAUCAGUGGAUUCAAGUGAAUUAGUUGGAAUGGAGGGUGAACCAUAUGUUAUAUCAGUAUCAGCAAAGGGUAAUCCAUCGAAUAUAAAUUAUGUAUGGUCUCGUGAUGGUUUGCCAGUUAGUAGAGACAAUUCAAGAGUAAGAACACAUGAUUCAACAUUAAACAUCACUCGACUACAUCGUAAUGAUGCAGGAACGUAUAAUUGUCAAGCUACGAACAAAGAAGGCUCAUCAUUUUAUCAACUCAACUUAACAGUACAAUAUGCUGCUGAAAUAAAACGUACAUCUGAAUCUGGUAUUGUUUAUCCAGCUGACAAUGAUGCAAAAUUAUUUUGUGAACUUGAUGGUAGUCCAAUUGGUGAUGAAUAUGUAACAUGGCAUAAAGUUGGAUCAAAUACUGAAUUAAAAAAUCGUUAUUCAACAACAUUUGCUAAUAAAACAUCAUAUCUUCAUAUUAAAAAUCCAAAUGAAGAAGAUGUUGGUGAAUAUCAAUGUAAUGUUAAUAAUGGAAUUGGAAAUGUAACAUCAAAACCAAUUUUAUUCAUAACAAAUUUUAAACCACAAAUGAUAAAUACAGAAUUAACUAAAAAAGCAGCAGCAAAUGAUGGCUCAAGUGUAAAACUUUAUUGCAAAGCACGUGGUUCACCAUUACCAAAAUUUACAUGGCAAUAUGGUGAAAAGACCUUAUUACCAAAUCAAACAUCUAAUAAAUAUGAAAUAUCACGUCAGGAAUUAUCAAAGCUUGAGGUAUUAUCAACAUUAACAAUAGAUCAUGUAACACAACGUGAUUAUGGAAAAUAUUAUUGUCGCGCACAAAAUACUAUGGGACAAUUAUCAGAUACAGUACAUCUCGAUGUAACAUCACCACCAGAUCAACCAACAGAUCUUAAAUUUUACAAUGUAACACAUGACAGUGUUACAUUAAUAUGGAAAAGAGGUUUUGAUGGUGGUUUACCAACAUCACAUCGCAUACGUUGGCGUCAAGCACUUGAUGAUUUAGAUAAUUAUUAUUAUCUUGACAUACCACCAAAUGAUUAUACUGCAACAAUAACUGGUCUUAAUCUUGGCACGUAUUAUGUUUUUAGUAUAAUGGCUAAAAAUUAUAAGGGAGAAAGUCGUUAUAGACCAGAUACCCUCAAAGUACAAACACUACGGCCCAAUAAUGGUUCAAGUCAACACGAAGUACUUUUGGAAAAAAAUGAUUAUUCAAUGAAUUAUGUCUAUACUAUCGCAGCAACGUCAAUCAUCUUUUUUAUUAUUAAUUUAUUCAUCAUGUUAUGGUACAUUGUACGAAAGAAAAAUAAGGAUCGCAUCAACAAGUCACAAACAGCUGAUAUGUAUGCACCAUCAACAGUAAAUGGGGACACGAUGACUGGUGAAUUGAGUUCAGUUUCAGACGAGAAGAGUGAUGUUAAUUUCGACGCAAAUGAUUACGUGGAUGAAGGGAGGAAAACGGCAGCAAGUACAUAUUUAAUUGAUCAAAGUAUACAAGAUUUUGGUAAAAGUGGUCUUGAGAUGCAGGUUCAUCAUCAAGGUACUCUUGGAAGACGUGGUAAUCACUUACCAAGUGUAAUGCCAUUGGAUUCACCUCCACAACGUACAACAGCCGGUGGAACACUCUCGGUAUCGAAAUCGAGUUACAUUGGAAAUCCAAGUCCAGCACCACCGAGCGAAGUAAAUGUAAAUUUUUACACUUUAGAGAUGGACAGUGGCCGUUAUACUGGAUAUGAAGCAAAUCCAAGUCCUGUAUCAGUUAUGAAUGAUACAGGUCCAGGAAUAUAUUAUCCAUCACUUGGUAGUGGUAUUCACACAAAUCAAUUAAUUCAUAAUAGUGGAACAUUAACAAGAAAUAGAACAUUACCAAGACCAGUACCACCACCAGAUGUUUGCAGUGUUAUGACUGCCGGUACAAAAUCACCAAUACCUCCCUCAGUACCACCACCUCCAAAAAUUGGUGCAAGAACAGGACCAAUACCUGUACAUUCACAUGGACAUCCAUUAUCAACUUUUACAUCAACACCAAGUUAUUCAGAUAUUGAUGGGCAUCUUGUCUGAGACAUGCCAAAUGUAUCGGUGAUACAUGUCGGACAACAACAACAGCAUCAUCAUCAUCAUCACCAUCAUCAUCAUCAUUCACCAUCUACUAUUAUUGUUGCUUCUUCAUCACCGAGACUAAAUCAACUUAAAACUCAUUCUGAGCAUGUUACAAGACUUUAAAAUGUGUUGUUUUUUAUUUUUAACAUAAAAAAAAAACUAUUUAUUCUUAAUUUAAUUGAGAAAAAAAUAUAUACGUGUAAUAUAUAAAAUGGCAGUGGAGUCUUUCUGACAAUGGUUGAAUGAUAUAAGAAAAAAAAAAAAGAUGAGACAUUUAAAAUAUCAUUCGAGAUAUUAGUGUAAAUAUAAUGUAAUGAAUUAAUUUCCUAUUAGAAUUUAAUUAAUUAUUUUAUAAUUGUUAAUGAAAUUUCAAAUAACUAAACUUUAAAAAAAAGUAUAUAUAUGUUUACAAUCUUUUCUUUUUAUUGACUGUUUUUAUUUGUUUUUUUUUUAUUGCUGCCUAGUAAUGAAGUCAAUAAGCAAGUUGGUAAAAAAUAUUAAUGAGCUGUGUGUGUAGAUGGAAAUAAACCCCAUUAUACGAGCAACUGAUUCUCGUAAUUUUUCAACGAAAGGACUUAUUUUGAUAACAUAAUCAAGUUAAAUUUAAUUGUCAAGAUUGGUGAUAUUAUCUUUGAAUUUAAUGAUAAUCAUAAAAGACAUUAAUUUAUAAGUUUAAAUUUUAAUUUGUUUUAAUUUAAAUUUUGUUUUUUCUUUUUACACGUAAUAAUUUUAAUUUUAUACUGUCCUUUUAUGGAAAUUUACGAUCAGUCUUGAGUAAUAGACAGAAUGUUGAUACGUGAUUUAAGUGUUUUUUAAUUAUUUUAUUUUUUAAUUGAGCUUUAGUUAUUGUAAAUAAUUAUUAUGACAUUUUUUUCAGUAUGUCUUUUUUUUAUGUCUCAAGUGUGUAAAAAAAGUUUAAAAGAAAAUAUGUUAUUGCAACGGAUCAUAUGAGGGUUUCACUCUGAUAAGCGCAUUAUUAUAGUAAAUUACAGAUAAAAAAAAAAUUUAAAUAUAUAUAAACAAUGACUAAUUCUUGUGGUAAAAUAUUUGAAUAUUAAAAUAAUUUUUUCGAAAGUCUAAAUUAAUUUUAAAUUCAUUUUUUCUUUCAUUUUUUUUUUGUCAAUUUCUAAUAAAAUUACAUUCUUAAAAGUCCUAUAUUUUUUAAAAAUUAAUAGCAAAUAUAUAGGAUCUAAUGAAAUUUAAAAAAACAUAAUUAAAUUAUCGGUGGAUGUAAAAUUUCUAAGAAACUUUUGAGCAUUGAAAACACACAAAAUCUUUAAUGUGAUUGAAAAAAAAAAGAAGCCAAAAAGAAUCAUUAAUAAAUUGAAUAAAAAAAAAAAAAAAAAGAACCAUUCUUGAAAGUAGAAAAAGUACUUAGUGUUGAACGAGGUAUAAGAAUAUAUAUAAAAAUCGAAAGAAAAAAAAAAAAAAGCAAAGCCAUUCAAACAGAGUGGCUCGUAACAGCUGUAAAAACUCGUCGUUACAACCAAUGUGUGUUUUCAUUCUCAAAGGUAUCGAUGGAAAAUUUUAAUGAAGUAAAAGAAAAAAAAAUAAAAGUGGUAGAAAUUUAUAAAAAAAAAAAUAUAAAAAGAAGAGAAAAGAAAGAAUAAUAAAAAUUGAAUGAAAGAAAAAAAAAUUUACCUAGCAUAUGCCAAUUGUUAUUUGAUUAUUACAAUUAUUUGUUAAUUGUAGAAUUCUACACAGGCUUAUUGAAACGUGUACUGUUAAAAUACUGUUGUGUGUAUGUGUGAAUGCCGCACUGUUCGGCUGAGACUGAUGAUUUAUUUAAAAAAAAAAAAAACAUUAAACCGAAUAAUACGAAAAGAAAAUAUAUAAAAAAAUUAAAUACAUAUAUAUAUAUAUUAAAAAAAAAAUAUUAAAAAAAUUUCACGUAUGCUCAAUUAGAGAACAUGUUCACGCAUAAUUAAGAGUUCUAUUUACAUAUACAUGUUUUAUAUUUGUAAUUGAAAAAAUAAUAAAAAACAAAAAAAAAAAAAAAAACACAAUUUAAAAACAUCUAUUAUAAUUAAUAUUAAUGUGAAAAAGAAUGGGUAUAAAAUUAUUUAAAAAAUUAUUGGAGAAUUUUUAAAAAUUGAUAGAAUAUGUUAUCUCCAAAGUAUUUGCUCAUCAAAGUGCUAGACAUGUUAAGACGGACAGAUAUUUCGUCCAAAAAUAAAAUUUUAAAAAAAUUAAAAAUGGUACCUUGGAGAUGGACAUACCAUCUUGGCACGAUAUUUCAUAUUUUACAUAAAAAUAAUAACAAAAAUUAAAAAAAAAAUAUAUUUAAAUAAUAAAUGAAAUCAUUUAAAUAGUAUUUCAUAAAUUUCGUUGAUUAUUCUAAGGCAUAGUCAAUCCUAAUUAUACAAUCAUUAAGGUAUGAUGAAUAAAUGCGAUAAAAAAUUUAAAAAAAUGAAUGAAGUAUAUUUAAUAAGUACACAUACACAAACAUACACAAUGGACGAUAAAAUAAAAAUUAAUAAAACUAAUCAUUAAAUCAUUGUAAAUAUUGUAUAUAAAAAACAAAAAAAAAAAAAAAAGAGAGAGAAAAAAAUAAACAAAUUUAGAUAGAUAUGAAAAAUUUGAAGUAAAAAUGAAAAAAAAAAAAUGAAAUAAUAAUAAUAACGAAUUAUAAUAUCAAUACUACAAAGAAUGAAAAAUAAUUAUGAUUUUGUAAAUUUAAAUUUGAAUGUGUCCGGUAUGAUGACUUUAAAAAAAUUAUUAUUUUUUAUUAAUUAAAUACUCACUGAUGGUGGUGGUAUCACAAUACUGAAAAAUAAAUAAUAAUUUUUUUGUAAAUUAUAACUAUAAUUGCACCCACAAGACAAAGAAAAGAAAAAUUUCAAUUAAAAAAAAAAAAAACGUGAUUAACUCUUGGUCUUUCGAUUGAAUUGUAUAUUUAAAAAAAAUUUCUUUCAAUGGAUUGCAGUCUGUUGCUCAAAUAAAUGUACGUAAACUGGUUCGUUAAUGUAAUUGAUUUAAGAAAAAAAAAAAAAAAGAAAAAAACACUGGCACAAAUAGAUUAUUAUUAUUUAAAAAUCAAAUGAAUAAAAUUCAUUUGUAUUUUUUAAUUGAUUUGUUAUUUUUUUUUGACACAAUAUUUAAUUGCAAAUGGUGUAUGCUGCUUCCAUUUAUGUGCCAACAAACAACAAAUAAUAAUUGUAUUUUUUUUUUUUUUUUUCUUUGAUAAAUAACAUUAUUAAAAAUUUUAAUGAUAAUAAUAAUAAUUAUUAUUAUCAUAUUGUUAUAAAAACAAAGUUGCGAGAGAUAAAAUAAUAAUUUAAAAAAAAAAAAAAAUCAUAUGAUAAAAAACUCAUCUUUAAGUGUUAAGUGUGUACAAAGAUAAAUCAUCGAGAGCAAAUAAUUAUCAUUGUUUUUUAGUACAACACGUUGAUAAAGCUCUUUUGAUUGUACCGAUGUAUUUGUAAUAAUUUAAAAUUAAUUUUUAUCCUCAUCCAUUUGACCCAUACAUUCAUCGGUAUAUUUAUAAAAAUAUAUACUAUAAUUAUUGUAAAUAUAUAUAGUAUUUUUACAUUCUACUUCUAAAUUCCAUUUUCGAUUCUAAAUGGUAUAUGAAAACAAAAAAAACAAACAAAAAUCUGUGUGCUUCGCCUGUCAUCUCUGUAUCACUAGACAAUCUCAAAUAAUUUAUUAUCAGCCAAAUGAUUUUUUUAUUUCUUUUUUUUUAUUUAUAUAAUAAUUAUCAAAGCAUCAAUGAACUGAAAAACAAUUGCCCAAUUUUGAUAAAUAUUUAAUUUAAAUCAGGCUUAAAAAAAAACAUAGUUAAUUUAUAAUUUUUUUAAACAACUGCCAAUUUAAUCCUGCCUUUUUAUAUUAAGGAAUAUUUAAAACAAAAAAAAUUAAAGACAUGAUAUGUAAUUUGACAUUUUUUAAUGUUUCAUUGGAUGUAAAAUUUUGCCUACGCGUGUAUAAAGUAGUAAAUUUAUUAAUUAGUAAAUAGAAAAAAGAUAUAAAUAAAUAAAAAAAAAAAAAAACAAAUCCAAUGUUAAGCUUUAAAAGUUUUAUGUGUGCAUGGAGACAGAGUGAAGCUCAUCAGACUAGUCCUUAAUAAUUUAAAACCAAAG